GCGAGUCAGUUCUCCUGUCUCAUCAUCCUCACACUUGAGUUUCAGGAGUGCAUGGCAAGGAUUCAGGGAGGAUACAUUCUCGAGAGAGUUCUUUCUUGAGUCACAUGAGAUACAGGGUGCAGAAGGUGACGUGGACGCCCGUGACGCACGGGCAGGGGUAGCGCGAGCAGUGAGAACGACGAGGAAUGGCUAGAGAGGCGCAGCUCCCUGGGUUAGGGACGGAGUUGGAGGGGGAGCUACAACAUGGAGCAAUUCGAUUGGAGGAUAUUAUUUUCGACCACGAAGACGGCGUCUCACCUGCAGAGGAUGAUGAGGGUCUUCAAGAUGAAGAAGACAAGGUCGACUAUUUUGUAAAGCUCUGCACAGUCUGUGAAGAUUGGGAAGCUGACGACGGCGUCUCGCCUGCAGAGGAUGAUGAGGGUCUUCAAGAUGAAGAAGACGUGGUCGACUAUUAUGCAAAGAUCAGCCCAGUCUGUGAAGAUUGGGAAGCUGAAAGGCUGACGAACCGUGGUGAUGCCACACGGGAUAGUGACGAGUAUAUGGGGGGGGAUGGUAAAGAAGACAGGGUCAACUAUUAUGCAAGGAUCUGCGCAGUCUGUGGAGAUUCUGAAGCCAAAAGUGUGACGAACUGUGAUGAUGCCAUGCGUGAUAGUGACGAGUACAAGGGGUGGGAUGGUGAGUGGGGGGCUGACCUUAGGUCGCCCUCUUAUCAGGUCGUGGCAGAGAGGGCUGCCAUCGGCAGUGAGUGGGAACAUGCCUUUGACGAGGCAGGAGAGUGGGAAGUGGGAUUGGGGCUAUUGGCAACGACGGCAGCAGUGGCGGUGGCGGCAAAGGCAAUGGCAACGGCAAGAGCAAAUACAGAAAUUGAUAUAGCAACGAAAUCAGCAACAACAAUAGUAACAGCAACAACUGCGAUCGAUGGGGGGGAGGAGUUGGAGCUAUUGGCAACGAUGGCAACAGCAAAAACAUUAACAACAACAAAAGCAACAACAAUCGGCGGUGGCGACCAUGGAAGCAGCGAGGCAGCGCGCGGUGACAACAACAACACCAACAACACCAACAACAUCGACGUGGACUGGGAAGUAGAUGGGGAGAUGGACCGUGAGCAGAGAAUGGCAGUCGAGGAGACGGGCGUGGAGGAGGAGGAUGACAAUAACAACAACGGGGACACCCGUCUGCAGCGGGUUGAUAGGGACCGGGCGGAUGAGUGGAAGGUGGAGCACGAGUUUAAAACAGAGGCCGUGGCUGUGGUGGAGAUCGACAAGAAGGGUGCGAAGGUGGACGACGACAACAACAACAACAACAACAACAACAACAACAACAACAACAACAACUCCAGCAACGGCAGUGAGCAGCGGCAGGGUGAAAUGGGCAACACGGGCCUGAAGAAUGACGACAGAACAAUAACGACACUAAUAACAACAACGCCUGUGAGCAGGGAUUGGGCGAAAUAGGCGGCGACGGCGCGAGGGACGACAACAACAGCAACAACGACGGUGAUAACAACAACAACGACAAUGACAACAACAACGACAAUUACAACAACAAUAACAACAACAACAACAACUACAAGACGUGGGGUUUGUCGUUGAAGGUCGCCACAACGACGGCUGGUGAGUUAAAGACAAUGAUGACAGCAGCAUUAGGGAAGUUGAGGGGAACUAGUAGCUUGGUUGGGCUGGUGAGGUGCGAUUUGAGGUUGAAGGUGAGACUUCCCGUUCCCCCCCGUUCCUACCCGGUGUUUCAUCUUGAUGAUUCGUUUUUUCCUUAUUGGCACCGGGUGGGAGUAGGAUAGAUGAACUCCCCCUUGUUUGAUCACGUCUAUUUGGUUCUCAACUCUCACGCCCUCAAGACUUAUUCACGUGGCCUCAUGAGGGGCUUGAUGAUUACGUUUUGAUCUUACAUCAUCAUCUCCACACAACAUCGAAUAGGGGAUAAAUGCUUCAUUGGCAG